AUCUUUAGACGUUUCGUAAAAUAGUCCUCCACUCUAAACUCAUCCGAUGAUGCUCGAAUAUUCCUCCCAAACUUACUCGAGUUUGGUAUUUUUAGUCGACCAUUACAAUAUUCCUCAACUGUCCUCGAGUGAGGUAGAAAGGUGCUAUUGCGUCACCACGACAACAUCAGUUUGAGGAAAAUUUGAUCAAGCUAGCAUCAAACCUACAGAGUUCUGUAGUUUAUGGUCAUUGUUUAAUGUCAAAGUCAAGCUACCACUGUCUGUUUGACACUAGACGCACCGAACUUGUUUGAUGUUUUAGUUGAGAGACUCAUAAAUACGUGCGCGUGCGGUGAAAUAGAAGGUUUUCGUUUUUCUAACCCAUGAUUAAUAAUUUAGAUUUCGGUUUUUGAAUAAUAGCUCCUCCAGGAACCCGGCUUUGUAUUUUUAUUCGCUGUUUCUUUGUUGAAUUUGAUUGCAUCGUCUUUUUGAAGUGCUUUUCCACAACCACCGGUUUAUUAUUCAGUUUUUCUAUAAUGACGUCCAGGCAAGUAUUUAGCGAAAGCGAGAAGACUUGCCUACAAGAAUUAAUUUUAAAAUAUAAUCUGCACAAAACUGCGACCAUGACAGCUAGUCAAAACACAAAAAAACUUUUGUGGGUACAUUUAACAGAAGAAUUCAAUUCAAUUGAAUCAAAUGCAAAGCGAAGUGAGGCCCAGCUCAAGAAGUGCUGGGAUAAUUUAAAAACACGGAGGAAGCACUUUUUGGCUAAUGAAAAGCGUCAGAGAAUGAAGACUGGUGGCGGACAGUGUAUUCCAAAUGAGCCACAGCCUGGUAGCAGCAAUGAGACCCUUAUUUUUGCUGAGGUUCUACUGGAUCAGACUGAUGUGGAACUCAGGGGUGUCAUUGACAGUGAUACCAUUUACAGUUCUGAAGAUAUUGCAAUGGAGCUUGAAUCAUCAGUUCCAGCAGCAGCGCAACCACAACAGAAUGAUGAAGUUCUGAGUGUAAGCUGUGCAAGAUCAUCAGCUGAAGAAUACCAAAGUGUGAACACUCAUAUGCAUCUUAUGGGGUCCCAUCUUACAGUUUGUGGUGGAGCUUCAUCACAAGGAAAUGUUGCAGGCACCACGCCUAUGCAUUACAGUCUAUCAUGUCGUGACACCCCACAACGUCGUGAUACUCCACCACGUCGUGACACUCCACCCAGUCGUGACACUCCACCAAGUCGUGACACUCCACCAAGUCGUGACACUCCACCAAGUCGUGACACUCCACCAUGUCGUGACACUCCACCCAGUCGUGACACUCCACCAAGUCGUGACACUCCACCACGUCGUGACACUCCACCGCGUCGUUCUGGGUCCCGGCAGACUGACUGUGGUGCAGCCUCCUUAGGAGGAGGGAAUGUGCGCACCAGGGUAAUUCAGGAGGAAUUUAAUUUUAGAAAAGAAUCUUAUGAAAAGAAAGAGAGAAGAGAAGACGAACUCUUUCAAUUCCAAAAAAAGGAAAGAGAGUGGAUGAUGAAGGCAGCCGAAGAAGUAUAUCUAAAAGCGAAGGCUGAGAGGGAAGCUGCAGAGGAUAUUAAAAAAUAUAAUCAGGCUAAAAGAGAUUGUAGUGAAAAAUAAUUUAAAUAAAUAACUCAUAAUCA